AUGACCCUCUCUUUUUAUGCUGACCUGUCCGGGGAAACCUUACAGUGGAGAAGAUCGCUGCAAUCCUUUACGACCCUACUCAAGGAAAACAACAUAGGAUAUCGAUGGCACUCACCAACGGCAUUACAAGACCUGCACAACAAUACAGCACACUCCAUUGCGGACCUGAGGGGAAAUUCUGCGCUACUGCAACCGAUUGGCUUGCCAGGGGACACUCUAGUGCCUAACAAACAUCCAGGCAACAAUCCUACCAAGCACCGAUGGGAUCCAGCAAAAAUCACACCAUUUGUGCCUCAAGGAGGAAAGCCAGAUGCAUAUGCGAUUGCCAUCACCUGA